AGAAUCACUGGAUCAGAACGGACUUCAGAAAACAUCCUUUGGUCUGUUGAAAAUAGAAGAAUGAAAACUGCAUGUCAGAUGUUCCAGCUGAAUAUUUUGGCUCUGGUCUUAAGACAUAUGAAUGGACACAGAAUCAAAAGAAAGAGAAAGUGAGUGAUUUGCUCAAGGCUGAAGUCAAGAAUAACAAGAUUUUAAAUACUCACUGCACUCCUCUUCCCUGGGAGACAUUUGCUCUUCUUUCAAAAUUUUCAGCCUUAGUUCCUUGUUCUUUUGCAUUUUAUUGUGCUCUUAGGUGUGGAAUGUGUAUGAUAAAAGGGAAACAAGUAUGGCCUUCUGGAAUUUAGUUGCCAGUCUCCUAGGAUAUUUAAGUGAUAUCCUAAAACCUUGCCAACGUUUCCUUGUUUUAAAUGGGACUUUAAGUCAACGAAUAUUUGAGUGCCAAAUGUGCACAUGGCACGGGGAAUUGCAUUUUCACAGUGAAUUAAAGGAGGAGAGCAGUCAAUCCCUUAAAUAUUUGACUGAAAAACCUAGUACCCUUGAUGGUGUAUGACAACAGGUAAAAUUUUUACUUGGCUAGAUAAACAAAGGGGUUUAUUAUUUGUUUAAGCAAACGUUAACACCUCCAUUAGUAAUAAUUUAGAUUUUCUAGAACAGAGGCUAAGAAAUGCUCUGGAAUCUUUCCUUUUUGAAGUGGAUUUGCUAAUUAUGUCAGACCUUCCUGAAGGCUGUACUUGAAUCCCACUUUUUUGCUUGAGUGAUGGCGAAGACACUGGCGGGUUUCCAGACGUUCGCCUCAGUUUGGAGUUUCUUCUAAACGUUGCGGGUAUGACCACAAACCUAGCUGAUUGAAGUGCUCACAACAGGAUUUCGGAAGACUCCUACUCGGGAGCCAGAGCGCGCCUGCGUGCAGGAGCCCCUUUGUUGCUCCGGCGCUAGGGUCUGGCUGCGCCUGCGCGGUGAGCCGGCACGGAGAAGUGCGCCGCUCUACUGGCACCAGCUGGGGGCGAGCAGAUCUCUGGCAGCCGCCGCCGCAGCCGUUGCGACCAUCUCAUAGAACUUCAGAGGGUCCGGAGGUGGGGGACUUCCCACACGGUGGUUGAGAUGUCGUCCAUCGCAGCUUUUUACCUUCUCUCUACCCUGGGAGGGUACUUGGUGACCUCAUUCUUCUUGCUCAAAUACCCGACCCUGCUGCACCAGAGAAAGAAGCAGCGAUUCCUCAGUAAACACAUCUCUCACCGAGGAGGUGCUGGAGAAAAUUUGGAGAAUACAAUGGCAGCCUUUCAACAUGCAGUUACAGUUGGAACUGAUAUGCUGGAAUUAGACUGCCAUAUCACAAAAGAUGAACAAGUUGUAGUAUCACAUGAUGAGAAUCUAAAGAGAUCAACUGGGGUCAAUGUAAACAUUUCUGAUCUGAAGUACUGUGAGCUCCCACCUUACCUUGGGAAAUUGGAUGUCACAUUUCAAAGAGCAUGCCAAUGUGAAGGAAAAGAUAACCGAAUUCCCUUACUGAAGGAAGUUUUUGAGGCCUUUCCUAACACUCCCAUUAACAUCGAUAUCAAAGUCAACAACAGUGUGCUGAUUAAGAAGGUUUCAGAAUUGGUGAAGCAGUAUAAACGAGAACACAUAACAGUGUGGGGUAAUGCCAGUUAUGAAAUUGUAGAAAAGUGCUACAAAGAGAAUUCAGAUAUUCCAAUACUCUUCAGUGUACAACGUGUUCUGCUCAUUCUUGGUCUCUUCUUCACUGGUCUCUUGCCUUUUGUGCCCAUUCGAGAACAGUUUUUUGAAAUUCCAAUGCCUUCUAUCAUACUGAAACUAAAGGAACCAUGCACCAUGUCAAGAAGUCAAAAGUUUCUCAUCUGGCUUUCUGAUAUACUACUAAUGAGGAAAGCUUUAUUUGACCACCUCACUGCCCGAGGCAUUCAGGUGUAUAUUUGGGUAUUAAAUGAAGAACAAGAAUACAAAAGAGCUUUUGAUUUGGGAGCAACUGGGGUGAUGACAGACUAUCCAACAAAGCUUAAGGAUUUUUUACAAAAUUUCUCAGCGUAGAAAAAGAGGUACUCAGAGACAUUCAAAGAAAACGUGAAAAGACUUAAGAAACAGAUCUUUCACCAUCAUUUCCCUAAGCCAUUUCCAAAAUGGUAAAAGGUUUAAUCAGUUAAAUUUUCUUACCUCAUUUUUAAGCCUGUCUGAGAAUGUAGAAACUAUAUAUUGUAUAUUUAUUUUAAACAAUAUUGCAUAUUUUUCAUUUCAAAAUAGUUUGUUUAGAAAGAUAACUGGUUAUGAGAUGUAAGUAGAAGAUAAUUGAUCAAGAUUUUUGUAUAUGAUGCAGUAUUCUACUAUUAGAAGUAAUUCUGAAAUCAAAGACUAUUUGGUAAAUUGGGCAUUAUCCCUCAAUAGAUAAGAUCAACUAAUUAGUAAACCAAAAAUUUUAAGGCAAUUACAGCUAAUCUAAGUUCUCUCUUUAUUUCUAGGUAUGUCUUAGAAAUACAUACAUACAUACAUACAUACAUACAUACAUACAUACAGGGGAAGGAGAGUUUGGACAUCAGUGAUGUGAUUAUCCGGCAAGUUAUACCUGUUAACAUAAGGCAGGCUCAAAGAAAUACCGGAAAGUAUAUUACUUGAUCAGAAGUAAAAUCUGUAAAUUGAAUUAGAUUUCUUAGUUGCUGUUGUUAAUGGGAAUACUCUUAUUUGGAAUCUUUUUCAGGUGUGUAACAAUGCUAUGUCUAAUUUUUUUGGUAAAUAUUAAAAAUGGAAGUAUCAAUUGUAAAUUAUGACAAGAUCCAAAUAGUCUUAUUUUUAUGUUCCUCUAAAGAAAUGUAAGAUUUCCAUUUUUGGCACUGACUAACUGUUUGGGCCUACAUCUAGACCUUAAAUUACAUUUUGAAUCCUAAUCAUCAUAUUAAACUGAUGAAAGUAUAUAUCAUUGUUUCUAAUACUCAUGGUAUGAAUCACCUAUUCCCUAUUCAUUCUUUGGCAUAUUAACUAGAAAUAGAAUUUCCCAAAGUAUUAGACACCACUGUCUCAGUGUUUUUCUGAUAUGAUUACAUGUAAAUCUGUUUCUAAUCUUUUUGAUUAGACCUUUUCAUGAUUUUAGGUUGAGUUAAAUAUAAUCUAGAAUAAUAAGUUUCUUUUACCUAGAUUACAUCACUCAUUUGGAGUUUGCCAGCUACACAGCUGUGAAGGAUGAUCACACUCUCCUGUCUGUCCCUGAAUGACAUAAAUAACAUUUACUUUUUUGUUUAAACUGAAAUAAAGUUUUCCAAGA